GCACUAGAAAAACAAGAAAGAAAACAAAAGUGAAAGGAGCAGGAGAUUCUUCGUCUUCUUCUUCUUUUUUUUUUUUCUUUUUUUUUACAACUGUCACUUUGACAGUUUGACAUAAAAACCAGUACAGGGAAGAUUCUUUUCUUCUCAUUAAUUUCUCGCAGUCAAACAACGGUUCACACACUGAUUAUCCGGAAUCCUUCAAAACGGAGAAAUUGCAGAGAAAUUGGAUGAUUCUUAUCAUUUGGAGUAAGCUGGGGAUCAAUUAAGUGGUUUUUCAAUAUGGGUUAUGAAGUGAAGUCUUUGUUUCGAAUUGAAACCACGCGAUUGCUAUGGCUUCCAGGAAUAAUGGUUGCUUUAAUUGUAACGUUGCAGUGUCUUGAACUUCCUCAUGGUAAUGUUCUGUCCUCACUGUUUCCUCCUGGCAAGGUUCCAGUGGCAGAAAAUAGUGAUUUCUUAAGGGGUAGACCAUCAUCUGAGUCUGAGAAGGUUGCAGAUGCGACUCAUGUUAAUGGUUUGAACUCCACUGGUUUGCAUGCACCUAAUGAGACUGUUAAUAAUACCUUGUCCUCGGAAGUGAAGGACAGAGAUCUGGAGGAUGGUGUAUUGCAGACAAAUGUGGGAUUGAAUAUAUCUUCAGGGUUUGAUGAGGGUAGCAAAUCUGGCAAGGAGUCUUCGACUGAGACAUCGAAGCUGAGUAGCAAUUCCACCAUGGACUUUGGCCAAAGUUUUAACAAUAAAACUGAAGCAGAGGAGGGUAGUGAGGCCCAAGGAAGCUUUUCCCCAAAAAAUGAAACCAUGUAUGAUAACUCUCCAAAGAGCAAUGUUACAGAAGGAAAUAUUACAUUGACAUCAGAAAGUAAUGGUUACUUCAAUGCUAGCCUUGGAUCUCCUGUACCUGCAUCGUCACCAACGGAUUCAUCAACUAAUGUAGACUUAGGAAAGAAUGCAGACACAAAAAUCAGAAAACCUGUUAUAUCUAUCAAUUCCACCACAUCAUCAGGGGAGAAAAAUGUGAGACCUAGUGAAAAGCCAGUGCAAAUGCAAGACAAUUUAAAGACACCCAGCCCUGAGGUCAAGGAAAAGGCAGACGUUUCAAGCUCUGCAGUAAUUACAAUACAUGAGAUGAACAAUUUGUUGCAUCAGAGUCAUGAUGUUUAUCAUUCAGUGACACCAAGAUGGUCUUCUGCAGCAGACCAGGAACUACUAGCUGCUAGAUCACAAAUUGAGAAUGCACCCAUCAUAAAGAAUGAUGUAGAACUGUUUGCUCCUCUUUAUAGGAAUAUAUCAAUGUUCAAAAGGAGCUAUGAACUGAUGGAAGAGAAACUUAAAGUGUAUGUAUACAGGGAAGGAAAAAGACCCAUUUUACAUCUGCCACUCCUCAAGGGCAUUUAUGCUUCUGAAGGGUGGUUUAUGAGGCAACUGGAAACAAACAAAAAAUUUGUUACUAAAAAUCCAGGAAAAGCCCACUUGUUUUACUUACCAUUUAGUUCUAAAAUGUUAGAGGAAGCCUUAUAUGUGCAGAAUUCUCACAGUCAUGACAACCUUAUACAAUUUCUGAAGAACUAUGUUGACAUGAUUGCGUCAAAGUAUCCUUUCUGGAACAGAACCGAAGGAGCUGAUCACUUUCUUGUUGCUUGUCAUGACUGGGCACCAGUAGAAACAAAGAAAUACAUGGCCAAUUGCAUAAGGGCCCUUUGCAAUUCUGAUGUUAAGGAAGGUUACAUUUUUGGCAAGGAUGUGUCACUUCCGGAGACGUAUGUUCGGAAUCCUCAGAAGCCUCUUAGAGAUCUUGGAGGGAAACCUCCUUCAAAGAGAUCAAUCCUGGCCUUUUUUGCAGGAAACAUGCAUGGUUAUUUAAGGCCAAUUCUCCUCCAACACUGGGAAAACAAAGAUCCUGACAUGAAAAUCUUGGGUAACAUGCCAAAGGUCAAGGGCAAGAUGGAUUACAUCCAGCACAUGAAGAGCAGCAAGUACUGCCUCUGUCCACGAGGCUACGAAGUUAAUAGUCCACGAGUGGUGGAAGCCAUAUUCUACGAGUGUGUUCCAGUGAUCAUAUCUGACAAUUUUGUUCCUCCUUUCUUUGAGGUUUUGAACUGGGAAUCCUUUGCAGUCUUUGUUUCAGAGAAAGAUAUCCCAAAUUUGAAAAACAUCCUUCUGUCCAUUCCACAGAAGAGGUAUCUUCAGUUACAACUGAGGGUGAAGAAGGUACAGCAACAUUUUCUUUGGCAUCCUAAGAAGCCUCAGAAGUAUGACGUAUUCCAUAUGAUCCUCCACUCAGUUUGGUACAACAGAGUUUUCCAAACUAAGCAUGGCUAGUUUAGAACCCCUUGCUUGACACCCUUGUUUCUGGACAUAGUUUGAGUUGAACUUGAGAGAACCCACUUGUGGGAUGUAAAGAUGGGAGAAGAUAGCUUAAUCCUGUGAAAUUCUAAUACAGAUUCAAUUCAUUGUUUUGCUGUUCACAGAUUGAGUGAACAUCGCAAAAAUUCCAAACUCGUUUUAUUUGGUGAGACUCGUGAAUCGGUAUAAAAUCGGAACAUUAUG